UCCUUGAAUAACGUUUCGCAUUUCUCUGAUCACUUGCUACUCUCAAAUAACUUCAUUCAACACCUAACAUCAAUGUCACAGAAGGCCUCCUUUUUCUCUGGCCAGUCCAAGAUGCAUGCAAUCAACAGCAACAGGAGGGGUCUUUCUCGGUCCAUCCACAAUCCACAAACCGACAAUGACUGGCAGUUGCGACCCAGGCACUUCAUCGUCCGCGAGGGUGGCACUAUCGUACCUCUCGUCCCUAUCGACCAACUGCCCGCGUACAUCAAAAUCCAUGGAGUACCGCGUGAAAUGGGCAUCGAGGACACGAUUGGCAUGUCCAACCUGGGCAUGUUUACAAAGCCGGAGGGUGUCUUCCAGAUAUGCCCUCUUCCUCCGACGAAUGACAAACCUAGCAGCUCUGUAGGCCUCAGUCAAAGUGAUCCGUCUGCACUCGACAAUCACACAUGUUCCCAACAGAUUGAACGACUUCGUGGUACUGCGCCUGAACCUAUGUUUGAUGGCCCGGUGACGAGGUGGGUUUCCGAGUUUGUGACGGGAGACUCAAGAGUCCCACCCUCUCGCCCGACUAUGGCCACGGAAACGACCCAGCCGCAGCCACCGGCACCGGAGCUGACGGCUCCUCGAGUUGUAGACUGGGCUGAAGACACAGAGUCCGUCUCCACCGACAACUUCUCAGCCACAGACGAGGAUCGCUCGGCGUCUUCGACGCCAAACACGGCGGUCAUUCCUGUGAAAGAAUCGCAGACCCAGCAAGUCCCAACUCCCAGGAAGGAGAAGUCGGCAGCCGAGGUCGCGGACCGCAUGGUCGAGCUUGGCGACACCCAGUGCACCACCCGCCAGGACCUGUCGUCUCGGACGAGGACGCAAAGCAGCAUCUGCAGCACCGUGAAGCCCCCUAGGUCGGGCAAGCAAAAGGUCCCCCGGCCCGCGGGCAGCCUGUGCCGGCACUGGUGCCAGACGGGCCAGUGCAGCUGGGGCACCGAGUGCCGGUACACACAUCAGAUGCCGGUGACGCUCGAGGGGCUCGCGGACGUUGGGCUCACGGAGCUGCCGGGUUGGUGGCGUCGGGCGGCCGGGCUGCCUGUGAAGGGGACGAUCGACGUGCGUAUCUUCGCUGCUGCUGCGUCUGCCGCUACCGGCGGUGGAAAGAAGAACCCGUCCCCUACUCUGACACCAGGCACCACAGUUGCUGUUCCAGUCCACCAGUCCAAGAAGGCUAGAUCGAAGAUCGAGAGGGAGGAGAGGAAGAUGGCAGAGGAGGUUCACGCUGUUCGGCUUGGGCUCGAAAGGGCUCAGGCAACAGCGAGUAAGGAGAAGCUGGGGCUGGGACAAGCACAGGCGCAGCAGAUACAGGCGGGAAAUGUUCAGCAGCUGUACGAAGAGGUGGAAAAGCUUGUUGAUAUCUGAAGCUGCAAAAGUGAGCCCGUAGACUUGCCUCUUGAACCCAAAACUUCAGUGACACGACAUAGUGAAUCUUCGUUUCGCAGUGACCUUGCCGAAGUCGCUGUUAGGCAUUGCUGCGCAGCGACUGAUCCUGUCCCGAUGCCGACGGGAGUAACGUAGUCGUGGGAAUGCACUUCUGUCUGCAUGGAGUGAACAUUUGGUGGUCGUUGAUCUCGGGCAUGAGAUAUUGCAGGCCGUUGAUGCUUACGAAGCCGUUGCUCCUACACGUGUAGUGGCCAAGCCUCUCGGCGUAAGACUGCCAACGGGGUGGAUUUAAGCGUCUGACAGUGAUUACUUCCGAGUGGUUGGUCGGGUGCCUGAGUCCAGUCCUUCAGAUCAAGAUAGUGUGAUUCCGAUCGGUCGGGAAUCGAAGAAACUUAUU